GCGACUGCCGGUUUGCGUGAUGACGUCGUAAGUAUAUGAGCGCAGGCGGCGGGAUCUCGCUCCCUUUUACCGCCAUCGGAGCGAAGUCUCUUUCUUCCCCGGGUCCGCCUCACUGCGCAGUGCUGUUUCCCCAGUCCUGUCUCCGGCCGCACAGCGAAGCAUCACUCGAGACUCGUCGAACAUGGCAGACAUUGACAACAGUAAAGACCAGGCUGAGAUGGACCCGGCAGACAUGGAGGAUGUAGAGGAGGUGGAAGAGGAGGAGACCGGGGAAGAUGAGGACACCAAAGCUCGCCAGCUCACAGUGCAGAUGAUGCAGAACCCACAGAUCCUGGCGGCUCUGCAGGAGAGGCUGGACGGUCUGAACGGCUCCCCGUCAGGCUACAUGGAGAGUUUACCAAAGGUGGUGAAGAGACGCGUGAACGCCCUCAAGAACCUCCAGGUCAAAUGCGCUCACAUCGAGGCCAAGUUCUACGAAGAAGUUCACGAGCUGGAGAGAAAGUAUGCAGCUCUGUACCAGCCUCUGUUUGACAAAAGAAGUGACAUAGUGAGAGCAGCGUAUGAGCCCACAGACGAGGAGUGUGAAUGGAAAGCAGAUGAGGAGGAAGAGCUCACAGUAAGUAAACAGGAAGAAAUGAAGGAAAAGGCCAAGCUGGAGGAGGAGAAGAAAGACGAGGAGAAGGAGGACCCCAAAGGCAUCCCAGAGUUCUGGUUAACAGUUUUCAAAAACGUGGACCUGCUCAGUGAUAUGCUGCAGGAGCACGAUGAGCCCAUACUAACACAUUUACAAGACAUUAAAGUAAAGUUCUCUGACCCGGGACAGCCGAUGAGCUUCUCAUUAGAGUUCUACUUUGAGCCCAAUGAGUUCUUCACAAACACAGUCCUGACUAAAACCUACAAAAUGAGGUCCGAGCCCGACGAGAGCGACCCCUUUUCCUUCGAUGGUCCAGAGAUCAUGUCCUGCACAGGCUGCCCCAUCGACUGGACUAAAGGCAAAAACGUCACAUUGAAAACGAUCAAGAAGAAGCAGAAGCACAAGGGCCGCGGCACGGUGAGGACGGUCACCAAAACCGUCCCCAACGACUCCUUCUUCAACUUCUUCAGCCCCCCCGAGGUUCCAGAAAAUGGAGAGUUGGACGAAGACUCCGAGGCCAUCCUGGCCGCUGACUUUGAAAUCGGCCACUUCAUCCGUGAGCGCAUCGUGCCGCGGGCGAUUCUAUACUUCACAGGCGAGGCCAUCGAAGACGACGAUGACGACUAUGAUGAAGAGGGAGAGGAGGCGGACGACGAGGAGGGUGAGGAGGAAGCUGAUGAAGAGAACGAUCCUGAUUAUGAUCCUAAGGUUUAAGUGGUGACUGUAGAAAAAUAACCCUGUCCUGAAGGAUGCAGCCCCCCCAGCUGAGUGCAAGCAACAGUGAGGCCUUGUCUGGCUGCCUUGAGGAUCAACUGCACUGUAACUGCUUGUUAACUUCUUCAAAAAGGAAAAACAGAUUAAAAUAGUUACUUAUCGCCUUAUAAUGUUUUGUAUUUUUCUUGGUAGGGAAUUUGAACGCUGAGGUUUCCAGAUUUUUGUUACAAAUCUUCACGGUGAUAAACUGGGAGCCGCCUGGCUCAGUACACAUAGUAUUUUACUAGCCCUGUUCUCCUCUGUACAGUAAAGGAACAGAACGACUCCGCAUGACCUUGUUCAUUUGGGUUCUUGUGAUGUUUUUGUUGUUUUUGCUCUUCGACAACAGCUGUGCUUCUGACCAAAGGUGCGGGUGGAUGGUUGUCUCGGGUGAAUAUUCCUCUGAGGGAGGGGGGAUGUUUUUUUCGGCACAUGAGAAACCAUUGUAGCAUUCUCAGUCCCAGAGAUGAUGAUGAUGACGGCAGGGGGGCGUCUGCAUCAUUCCAACUCCUGGGCGGGAGCUCCUCCUGCUGGCUCCACACAUUCCAGGGAGCAGCAUCAAAGCCCAGGAGCCCCGUUUAUCUCCAACAUUCCAGAGAAUUCCAGGGAAAGAUGGUUCAGGGACACCUUCAGGCUCUCAUGUCCUUCCGUCUGUGGCGGCCAUCACGUCCUCUGCUCAAAGUGGGAGGGGCUCUGAGCCGAUGUAGCACAGGAGGCAGGAGGAGACUCCCAGAUUUCCGGAUAAUUCUUUAUUUUUAUUUGCUUCUUGUUGACUCUCACCCCUCCCUGGUUUAUCACUGUGACGGGAGGGCAGAUGUGAUAAGGCCCCACGCUCAUCUGGGCCAGCGAUCGGCCACCCCUCCUCACCCUUGUCGUCCUUGAACCAAAAAAAAAGCAAUACUACUACCCCUCCCAGGUGGCGUGUGAAGUGUUGGGGGGGCGGGAUGCCUCUUCCUGCAGGAGUGGGUUCUGUUCAGCUGUUGUCAAGGUAAAAUGCUAUGCUACAAAAAUACUAAUGUACUCAAUACUGUUCGUGUAUGGUCAUGAAUAAAUUGGUAAAACACGC